UAGAAAAGUUCUACUUGGAUAUGGGCGUCAAAUCUUUGAGCUCUUGCAUUGAAUACACUGUAGUUCCGGGCCAGGUGGACGCACUACAGGCCGUGGCCCUUCAGAGGCGAUCUUCUAUAAUUGACAGGAUGCCUAUUUUCCUCCACGAGUUUGCAAAAGAUCGCUUUAAAGAGGGGAUGCGCUAUGUACGGUGGGAUGACGAGAAGUGUUUCUCUGUACAAGCUUGUGGAGAACUUCACGUCACGAAGAAAUUGAAAUUCGACCAUGCGGAUGGACAUCCGCAUCAGGGAGGGCACUUCACCGACCUCACUGCUGGGACCCAAUCCAAGGAUGGCGUACACACAUUGUGGAUCAAGGAGCCGAAGGCUCGCGAUUAUGACAGCACUGUGCCGUCUGCUGUUCUCUACGUAUAAAAAGCAUGAUGUGAUGUCCCUUAUCACUAUCUUGGGCACAGAAAUUGCCGACCUCAAGCACUUCGGUUACGAUGUCGACAGAAUCCGCUCACAGUAUAGUGAGAAUCUUAAGAAGGCUGAAGAUGAAAUUCCCAAUGGGACACCACUUGUUCAAGCACAACCCCCAGCACCCUCUCCGGUAGAGGAACAACCCAGUUCUCCACCGACGGCGAGAGCAGGGGAAGAUAUUACCAAUGGGACACCACCUGUCGAAGCACAGCCUCCAGCUCUCUCUCCAGUAGAGAAACGAGCUAGUUCUCCACGGGUGGUCUUGAACAAACCCAUGAAGUGGCUGAAGUGGCUGCAUGGGCUCCGCAAAGACCCCAAGUUGAAGUUGGGUGAGAUGAAGCCCAGUGAAAUUGAGAACUCCAUCAAGAAGGUGAAGGACAUCAUGAAGGAAAAAGGCGGCGAGCACUGCAAGCAUAUCAACAGUCGAGUGCAGGUCGGCGGAGGAAAGAAGCAGAAAAAUGUCGAUUACUGCGAUGAAGAGAAGAUUCCGAUGACAGACCUCGAUGAAUGCAGUAAGCCUUCCGACUAGGGGUUAAGUGACUUAUGAUUAAAUCAACGAAGAGGACCAGAAAGUCGGAGAGGUCAAAGUCUGGAAGCGAAGUUGAAACUCUCUUGUUUCCGGCUGUGAGAGUGAUGCGUUUGUUUCAGCGGGGAUAGCUAAUGUUCCGUCAAAUGAA